UGAGUCUUACAGUUCAAUGGGCAAGGAAAGUUGUGUGAGUGUACUCCACCAGAUUUUUCAAAGAUAAAAUAUUUAUUUUGACAUUUUUAGAAUCACUUAUAGCAUUGCUAUUAUAAAUGUAUUAUUAUUAUCAUAAGUCUCUCUCAAUUCAGUGUCGAAACUUGUUCAAUAUUAAAUCGCAGAAUAAACUCAUUUGAAUUAUUGGUAUUUUUUUGGAAUUACAUGAAAAUCAUGUUAAUACACUACACAUUAAGAAUGUAUAAUAUGUAUAUUAUAAUUGUUACUGGUGUAUUUCUAGAAUGCAAAUAGAAGUUCUUGGAACAUUAUUACAUCAAGCAAAUUACUUUUUAAUACUUGAAAGCUUGUCAAAGCUUGACGCUCUUGUUUUUUAUUUUGUUAAAUGACUUGCAGCAAGUCAAUUUUCACUGAGAACGUUUCAUUUGUAAGGGUUUAACUGACUGCAAGUCAUCAUACGAUAUUGGAAGCACUUUCCCAAUUUCAACUUCCUAAGGAAAACAAAUUAUCUUCUAUCACUGACAACAUGAUGAAAACCCCCAAAAAGUAAUAUACCUUCUCUAGAGAAUAAACCGUAUAAAUAGGGCAUUUUCUAGUAAGAUUGUCCAGUUUUGAUCCUGGUCCUCUUUGACUCGGUCAGAACCAGAUAACCAACCUACAACAUCUUUCAACAUGAAACUCUUCUACUGCCUUGAAAUCCUCAUCAUCUGUGUAUUAGUGUUUACAAAAGCAAUGUAUGCAGACGAGCGUAUGAGGAUGCCUGACAAAAAUGGGGGAGACAAGUUGCAAAGCGACUCGUUGUUGGAAAGACUGAGUCGACGGGAAGAUGUAGACUCGGACCUGAACGACUACCAGCAAAUAAAAGGUAUAAGGAUUGAACCAACCCUGCUUCAUGAGUCGCCCUGGGCGCUGAUACCGCUCAAAGGCGUAUUGAGCAGCCGGAAUACUAACAGCAACAACAAUAAUUACUUCACUCCUAGGCUGGGACGCAUGUUGGAGUCUGAAAACGAUUAUGCAGUUGAAAAAAGGGAUAACAUUCAAUUCAGUCCUAGACUUGGUUAAAGAUGGGAAAACUUGCUUAUUUAAAACUUGCAUACUAAAUCUCCAUCUUCAUAAUAGACAUAUAUUUAUUCUCGUUUCUUAAAUGUGUGAUGUGAAAUCUCAAACUAAUUAUCCAUUCAUUUUAUUAGAGUAAUAUUCAAAGCAUA